AUUCGUUUGCACCGGCCCCAAGUGGCUCUGCACAAGUCCUACCACAUUUCAAUCUCUCACUGAUUGCUUCCCUCUGCAAUUAAAGUUGAGUGCUUUCGCGAAUUAAAGUUAAAGAAUUGAGCACCAGAUGGAAUGGAUCUCCCCUCACGCUGUGGAUUGGCCUCGGGCUGGCGGUUAAUGGAGAGCCGCCGCUCGUCGCUGGGACACUUCCGGGAAUCCAUGGCCGGUCCCUUCUGUCGUUGCUGCUAAAAAGUUGUCCUUUUUCGCCUUGCCAGGCCGCGGGCCGGCGCUGCUUUGGGGGUCGCGGGGAUGGAGCCGCUGAAGGGGUUUUGGUCGUGUCUUUGGAGUUUCCUCCGCUUCUUGCCCUUCUUUCUUGCCUUGUUGAUUCUGGGGACUGUUAAAGGUAUUAUACUUUGUCCAUUUGUAUGUCUUAUCAUGACAUUGGGAAAUUCUGCAAUCAUCUUGGGUCUCUGGCCAGCACAUGUAGUUUGGACAUACUACUGCAUGAUAAGAUCCAAACAGCUCGGGCCUGUUCUGAAGUUUAUUCUUGCACUUGGUGCAUCUAUUAUAUUAGUUCUCUGGCCUCUAGUUGGUAUAUUAGGAAGCAUCCUUAUAGGAGUAGGUUAUGGUUUUCUAGCUCCUGUUGUGGCUACUUUUGAUGCUGUUGGAGAAGGGAAGGCAAACAAUUUCCUUCAUUGCUUCAUGGAUGGAACUUGGAGCACAAUUGAACGAAGCUUUACCGUGGUCAGAGAUUUCAGAGAUGUUUGUUUUUAUUCAUAUUUCUCAAUCAUGGAUGAUCUUCACCAACGUGAUCCUCCAAAUGAAGGACCUUAUGAGAUCAGACUGUGGUAUGUUCCUGGUUCCUGGGUGAUUGGUUUUCUUGGAGUAAUGGUCGAUAUGCCAACAAUCACAUUAAUUGCCAUUUACAAGAGCCCCUACAUGCUUUUUAAAGGAUGGAAACGUUUAUUUCAAGAUCUUAUUGGCCGAGAGGGCCCAUUUUUGGAGACUGCAUGUGUGCCAUUUGCUGGCCUUGCUAUUCUUCUAUGGCCAAUGGCAGUUGCAGGAGCUAUCAUUGCUUCCAUACUAUCAAGUUUCUUUCUAGGUGCAUAUGCAGCUGUUAUCACAUAUCAGGAGAAAUCAGCCAAGAUGGGGCUAUUUUAUAUUAUCUCCUCCUUGUCUUUGUUUGAUGAAUAUAGUAACGACAUACUUGACAUGCCUGAAGGGUCUUGCUUUCCCAGGUACCAGUAUCGGAAGAACAUUUCACAACGAUCAAAGUCUCUAAGUAGACAUUCCUCUUUGGCACGGAAGAAUCAAGAUGAAAAGAACCCUUCGUUACGUGCCACUUCAUUCAAGGGUAUCUUGCCUGAAUUGAAGCCUUUGAAGUUACUCGAUCGAAUGUUCUCAGAAUGUAAGCACUAUGGUGAGUCUUUGAUUGGCGAAGGAGUAAUUGCACCUGAAGACAUUAAAGAAUCUAGAUCCGGUAAAGGUGGAGGAAGCAGAAUUGUAAGCAUUGGCUUGCCGGCAUACUCCAUUCUUCAGGCACUUCUAGCUUCUGCAAAAAGAGACUCCGAUGGUUUAAUCUUAAGUGAUAACACUGAGAUAACCACAGAGAAUCGACCCAAAGAUGCAAUCUUUGAUUGGUUCUUCGAUCCUGUGAUAGUCUUGAAAGAUCAGAUUAAAGCUCAAAAUUUCUCAGAAGCAGAAGAACAGUAUUUAUCCAGGUUGGUUUUGCUGCUAGGUGAUUCCAAGAGACUGAAUAACAUUCAUGAUCAAUUGCCGCCUUUGGAGCAACGAAGACAGGCUGAGAUACAUGCAUUUGCUCGGAGGUUGUGUGGUAUCACCCAGUCUCUCUCAAGGUAUCCAACAGUCAGACGACGCUUUGACGGCCUUGUCAAAUUACUUUAUGAAGAUCUUGAGAAGAAGUUUGGGAGUACCAAGCCCGUGAAUGGUGGUAAAGUAACUCAGAAUUUAACAAGUCGCAUCAUCCGGAUCGUUAGCCAGAAAUCAUUUCAGUCGGGAAAAAGCCCUGGCAGCAACUCUCAAGAAUCACAAUCGUUAAACAAUGUCCUGUAGUCAUAUGGCCUUAACUGGGAAGACAUUUGUUUCUUUGUCUUCCAUCAUUAGAAUUUGGUAGGUUUUCCCCAUCUUCUGUUUGUCUAGAUUGAGGUAAAGUUAUUAUACAAAAAAAUGUAUGUAAUUGUAUUGCUUUACGAGCUCAAACCGUACUUGAACGAUACGUAACACAUUGAAAUGGGCAUAGAAGUACCCUGUUCCUUGCCUUUGGA